AUGGUGCCACAUCAAGCUUUUGAAGAAGAUUGGACUAAUACUGCUAUUUUUUAUCUUAAAAAUCAAUAUCCUACAGUAUUAGAAGAAAGACACAAAGUACAAUUUGGUAAUCUUGAUCAAGGUAAUGAUCCAGUUAAAACUUUCUAUGAAAAAGUAAAAAAAUACAGUAAUUUACUAAAUUUCAGUGAUGAAGUAAUCAACCAUCAAUUCUUUAGGGGGCUAUCACCAGACAAUCAGGUUGAAGUAGAACGAAUUGGUUCUGAAAAAGCUGUAAGUGAAUUAUUUAAAAAUUUAGAGAGUUGA